CUGCGUUUCACAAACAACACAUGUCGGAGGCCGACGACGACGCAGCUCGAUUUUUCCUCGGUCGGAGACACAUCACAGAAUAUUUCGAAAUUUAAAAAUACUUUGUGAACUGUAUCUCGGUAUAACUGCGGAGCAAUGUCGGCACCGACUACGCCAAAUCAGAUAUCACCUUCGGUUGAGCUGAGUUCAUAUCGUGACCAGCAUUUUAAGGGAUCACGAGUCGAGCAAGAUCGUCUUCUAAGGAACUCUACCACUCUCUACGUUGGAAACCUUUCUUUUUACACAACUGAGGAACAAAUUUACGAGCUGUUUUUAAAGUGCGGAGACAUAAGAAGGAUCAUAAUGGGAUUAGAUAAGUACAAAAAAACGCCUUGCGGCUUUUGCUUUGUGGAAUACUACCUCAGAGCCGACGCUGAACAGUGCAUGCGAUAUGUAAAUGGAACUCGACUCGAUGACAGAAUCAUCCGUACGGAUUGGGAUGCGGGAUUUAUCGAAGGAAGACAAUACGGUCGUGGCAAAACCGGUGGACAGGUAAGAGAUGAGUAUCGAUCAGACUUUGACGGAGGUAGAGGUGGCUACGGCAAAAUCCUUCAACAGAAAGUUACUCCAGUUGCAGACGGAGCAUUUGCCCGCUGAAAAAUGUAGCUGCAACAGCGGUUGUACAUUUUUCUAUGAGAAGACAUUGUUAUCAGUGGUGUGCAAAGGUUAUUUAUAAUAAUAAAUAUUGAGACAGACUAAAACUGUGACAAAUACACAGUGGUGUAAAUCGAAUAUAGAUACUUGCGUGCAUUAUUUAGGUAUAUAUUAAUCGAUAUAUCAUAUUCAUCGUGUUCUUAUCUUGACCAUACUUGGAUUUGAAGUUAAAUUUCACUUUCUUAAGAAAUAAGAAUUUUUGUAUAAAAGAGAUGUUUGUAUUUCAUCCGAAUGAUACAGAUUGGAUUUAUUUAAACGUGACAUAAACGAU